AUGAACAAUCGGCCUGUUGACCAGGCAUUGGCCACUUUACUCCCUACACAUGCAAACGACAUCCCACCAGAACUGCGAAAUCUCGCCUUAUCGUUUGUUGCACAGUCCCGGAGCUUUUCGACGAGUCUGAAGCCAGAUGAAGAGAUCGCUCGUCCGUUUGCUUGCGCUGAGCUAGCUUGCAAAAGACUCGCACGCGCUCUCAAAUUACCUCCGUUGCUCGGCCACCCACCAUGUCCUCCACGAACCUACAAAAAGCUGUACACCCUCCUUGAACGAUCCAUAGCCCCAAGUAUAUUGAGUCCGAAACGGACAGUAAACUCUUCUGCGCCAGGAACACCAUCGCGCUCCGGUUCGGCACCGACAACGCCUACUAAACAAUCAGGGGUUGCGCAAACUUCAUCGAAGGUCUCCGCAACUCCACGAGGGCUGGAAAAUACACCGAGCAAAUCUACGCCGUUGAAAAGGACAUUUACAGAUUUUGAAGAUUCACGAACCCCGCAAAGGUCCAAAAAGAUCCAGAGCGAUAGCCAUUUGACCUCUAGCAAAAUUCCCGAUGCGCCGGCAUGGGUGAUGGUGUCUAUUCGCAAGGUCUGCAAGACCCUCUCAACCCCAGCACCGCGGAUGAGCACUUGGUCCAGACCGCCAAUCUCGCGGACACUCCCUCCGCACAUUUUUGCCGGUGUCUCGUCGAUUCUAUACUUUGUCGACAACCAGGAUGACUUUGACGAGGUCGCAGCAGAGUUUCUAGAGCCGGUGACAUCCGCAAAAGACAGUGAGAAAGAUGAAGACUUCAAGGACAUCAUCAACGCGCUAGUGGUAGCAGUCUACUUCCUCGUGCUCGCGCGACGACGAACACCAAGCGAAGCCUCCGACGACACCGCGCAAGAGGAAACCAGAAAGAUGGAUAAGAAGACCUUCUCAGAGAUGCGCCAAAGUGCACUUGUAAGCCUCGGUCUCCCAUCAUCAGUCCGACGGCAUCGUGAAGGCGUUGAACAGUGGAUUGCGUUGAUCAUGGAGCAAAACUGGGCACAUGGCAAGGAGUGGUUUGAGAAUAUCCCACACGCAGGGGAGUUGGACGGUGACGAUGCAUAUCUCUCUGAGGGUGGUGACGACAAUCGGCAGAAGACUUUACAAGGGGAGCGUGGUUCACUGGUCCUCAAUGAUACGAGGCGUGGUCUUUUGCCGGGUUUGGGGACAAUGAUGCAGGAUCGUGUCGACUGGUUGAGCCCCGAGAAUCAAGAAGAUUACGAAGAGUGGAAGGCUGAUAUCUUGGCUCGAAUUGAGCAGGUAGAGUCAACUGCGUAG